AUGGGUCUCGUGAGUACUUUGAAAGUAUUUUUUAUACUGGCUAAUAUCUUAACAAUCUGUGCUAAUGGAGAUACGGGGAACAUACCAUUAGAUAUGCAGACUUUAUCACGAGAUAAUGAAAGGCAAGCAUCUAUGUAUCCAAACACCAUUUACUACCCAAAUAUGUACACAAAUUAUCCGCAAGAAUGGACUCAAGCAAGGGCGGCACCAGAAACAGAAAGUAAGUGGAACUUUCAAGAAUCUUUAAGUGAUGAGGAAAAAUCGCGGAGCGCAUCAAAGUUCGCACCACUUACAUACUCAAAACCUUUAUAUAAACCGAACUUGCCGUGGUCUGCCAACAUUUACCACGGGCCUAACUUAGAGGCGGAUUUAAUAAAACCAAAGUUCGGAUUGUUGGAGCCAAGUUUAAAGCUGAAUAAGUUGGGUAGCUUGUUGAAUUUUGGCCUCGCGUUGCUUGGCGGCUCCGGUUUUAAAGAUACCCUGAUUAACAAUAUCCUCAGACCGCUGCUGGCAUCGAAGGGGGCCUUGAAGACUUUCAUUGGGAAGCUCUCGAUUCCGGUUGUGGCCUUGAUUCUUGUUAAUGUAGAGGUUCUGUUCGUCGUUUGGUGGUUAUGGGAGGAUUGUACUGAACAAACACUCGACACUGUGACUCCAUUUUCCUCUCAAGCAACAGUCAGUAAUUUUAGUACAUCCAAGCAAGUUCAAUAA